AUGGUCCCAUCUCACCAGGUGACUGAAAAUCAACAACAGGAGGACAGUGACCUCAUUAAACCCAGAAAGCUGCCAAAUCCCGUCCUGGCUUCCCACCAACACAGAGCUCUCCAUCAAGAGCUGCUAUUCUGCCACAGACGAGGUGUACUGCCAAGAAAAAAGCCAGAGCUGCUGUGUGUCCUCGAACAAAAACAGAGACAGAAGAAAAACCAGGAGCUGGCUCUCCACCCUCCCUCUGACUUGGAGGUGAAGCUACGUAUACGGCAGCAGAGAAUGCAAUUUUACGAGCUGGAGGAGAAGAAGAGGAGCGAAGGUCUGAAGAAUGUGCCAGAAUUUAUUCGUGUGAGACAAACACUGAAGCACAUCGCAAAUCCUUCCCUGUGACGAUUCGAGAAAAUCUGCACAUACCGUCAACGUGAAGUCCAGACAGAUUCUUGUUGAUACUGUAAAUUGAAAGGAACACGAUCCUUGAAUGAGAACUGUUUGUAUUUCAGAAGUGUUCAAGUGUGCCGACUCCUAUAAACUGCAGUAGUUAUGAGUUGCAAAAAGGCUCCUCCAAGCUUCACAGUGGGGAAAAAAAAAAAAAAAAAAAAAAAUCAA